AUGGGUCCAUUCUUUAUGAAGCAUUCAAAAGUGCGAGGAGCAUACUGUCUUGGGGUUUUUCAAAAUGGAAAGGACCCAACUACUCUAUUAGGAGGUAUUAUUGUCCGAAACACUCUUGUGAUGUAUGAUCGUGAGCAAGAAAAGAUUGGUUUCUGGAAAACAAACUGUGCCGAGUUAUGGGAAAGAUUACAGGAAUCCAUUGCCCCAUCAUUACCUCCAAAUUCAGAAGCAAGCUAUCCAACUGAAGCAUUAGAGCCGUCAGUUGCUCCAUCUUUGUCGCAGAAUAAUUCUCCUCCAGGUGAACUUAAAAUUGCACAAAUAACAAUGUUAAUUUCCUUUAACAUCAGUUAUGUGGAUAUGAAGCCUCACAUUACAGAAUUGGCUGGACUCUUCGCUCAUGGGUUAGAUAUUAAUACUUCCCAGGUCCACUUACUGAAUUUUACGUCAACUGGAAAUGAUUCCCUCAGUAAAUGGGUCAUAACCCCAAAACCGUAUGCUCAUUAUAUUUCUAACACUACUGCAACGAAUAUAAUUUCCCGGCUAGCUGAACAUCGCAUCCAACUUCCUGACUCCUUUGGAAAUUAUAAGUUGAUUGAUUGGAGUGUUGAGCCUCCAUCAAAGAAUUGGUGGCAGCAAUACUUCUGGGUCGUGGGUUUAGCUAUUUUGGUGGCAUUACUUGUAGGACUGUCAAUAUUAGGAACGUUCUUAAUUUGGAGAAAAAGACAGCAAAACUUGCAUUCAUACAAGCCAGUGGAUGCAUCUGUUCCUGAGCAAGAACUUCAGCCAUUAUGA